UCUCGUGUUUCCCGCAACUUGUCACUCGUAUCUGUGAACAUCUUCAUUCAUUUCCUUUUUUGGAUCUCUACAGUCUUCGCAUACACGUCUAUCACAUCCAAGCAACAUGGCGGAGGGCAAAAAGACAGAUGAUUAUACGAUCCAGAUGGGCACGAUAGACCAGGGGAAUAAGAGUUUCGAGGCGCCGCCGCCGCCGCAGACUAGGAGUCCGCCGUCCGGCUCCAUGUCCAACAGUCCUAUUCUGCCCGUCCUGGCGUAUUGCGGAUCGUCGAUUUUGAUGACCGUUAUGAACAAAUAUGUCCUGUCCGGCACCGAUUUCAACCUCAACUUCUUCCUCCUCUGUAUUCAGUCUCUCGUUUGCAUUAUUGCGAUCCAGACCUGUAAAGCAUGUGGGUUGAUUACCUAUCGCGAUUUCAGCACGGAUGAGGCUAGAAAGUGGUUCCCGAUCACUCUCCUUUUGAUCGGCAUGAUUUACACGGGCUCCAAGGCACUGCAGUUUCUCUCAAUUCCUGUGUACACUAUCUUCAAGAACCUGACCAUCAUCCUCAUUGCUUACGGAGAGGUGCUGUGGUUCGGCGGUUCUGUCACCGGGCUAACAUUGUUUUCAUUCGGACUCAUGGUUUUGAGCUCCAUCGUUGCCGCAUGGGCCGACAUUAAGCACGCCGUCGAAAGCAGCACGGAUGCGACCGCCAAGGUCUCUACUCUCAACGCCGGCUAUAUCUGGAUGUUGAUCAAUUGUCUCUGCACGUCGUCGUACGUGUUGGGCAUGCGCAAGAGAAUUAAGUUGACCAAUUUUAAGGACUUUGACACGAUGUUCUACAACAACCUUCUAUCCAUCCCCGUUCUCGUCGUGCUCUCCGGGUUUCUGGAAGAUUGGUCGUCCGCGAAUGUCAACCGCAACUUCCCUCCAACGGACCGCAAUAGUAUCAUGUUUGCCAUGAUCCUCUCAGGCCUAUCGUCCGUAUUCAUCUCCUACACCUCCGCUUGGUGCGUUCGCGUAACGUCAUCCACUACCUACUCCAUGGUGGGAGCCCUCAAUAAGCUGCCCAUCGCCAUUUCGGGUCUUGUUUUCUUUGAUGCCCCAGUUACCUUCCCCAGUGUUUCGGCCAUUGUUGUGGGAUUCGUCAGCGGUAUCGUUUACGCCAUUGCCAAGAUCAAGCAAAACGCCAAGCCAAAGACCGGCGUCCUGCCUACCGCCAAUCCCCCUGUCAGCGCCAGCAGCCAAAGUAUGAGGGACUCGCUGCGAUCCUAAGCGGAGUCGCUGGAAAGCAGCAAAAUAGCCAGGUUC